AGACAGAGGCGUUUCUCUCCAGCCUGCUCAGCAGCGUCAAGGCCAUCUCCAAGCAGAUAGACGCUCAGCAAGGAGGAGCAGAGGGCGCAGCGGCCGGCACUGUGAGCGCUGUCGGCAUAAGGGAGGCGGCAGCGGUUUCCAGGAAGCAGCUGCUCAUCCUCAAGUCCCUGCAGGAGUCAAUGGAGGAUCUCAAGUCAAGGCAGUCAAUGGACUACUCCCCUCAGCUCAUUCGCAUCCUGGCAGUUCUUAAAGCCCUGGUGGCGCACAUCAAGGCCGCCACAGCCAACAGUGGCUUGGGGCUGGGCCUGGGCGAGCAGCUGCCGCAGCUGCCCUCGCUGGAUCUGGAGCUCCAGCCCCAGCUGUCAGCGCAGCAGGCGCACAACACGGAGCGCCUGCUGCACCAAGUGCUGGCGGAGGUGCGCAACAACACCCAGCUCGCCCUGCUGCUCCGCGCCGUUAGCACCCAAACCACCAUCCUCUCGCGCUUAGCUAAGCGCUUCUCCUCCCUCCAGGCAGCGGCCUUCGUAGGCUCUGCUACUGGCGGGGUCUCCGCACCCCCCCCUCCUGCCGGGGCUGGUUCCGAAGCAGCAGGUUCGGGCUCGGCACUGAAAUCCCUACAGGGGGUGGUAACCCUGGUGUUACAAAACUCCCAGAAGCACAUGGCGUCGCUACGAGAGAUGAAGAGGAUGCUGACCGGGACGGAAGGGGAGCGCGGGGCGACAUUCUCCCUGCCUGCCAAGACGUACGAGGUGGUGAGGGACAGCUCACACGCCGUGCAGCAGCUGCCCGUGCUCCUCAUGCAAGUGAACAAGAAGCUCCAGAGCAUUGUGAUUGGCGGUGGGGCUGCGGCAGGGGGAGGGGCGGGAGGACGAGGAGGAGGGGGCGUAGGAGGAGGAACAGGAGCAGGCACGCAGCAGCAGUCACCGGUGCAGCAGCAGGUGGUGUCAGUGAUUGACCCCCCCAAGCUGAGCGGCAGGGCAGCGCGGCACGAGCGGCUGAAGCAGCUGAUGGCCCAGGCAGCUGCUGCGCGCGCGGCUAAGGAGCAGCAGGCAGCCGGCAAGCAGCAAGAGGCGGCAGCAAAGCCCAAGGAAGAGGCGGGUAACCAGCAGCAGCUGGGGGGAGGGGCUGGGAUACAAGAGGGGGCAGGGCAGCAGCAGCAGGGAGGUCGGCAGCAGCAGGAGGGGACAGGCAUGGGAGUUGUGGCAGUAGGGGCGGAAGCAGGAGGAGGGGGAGGGGGAGGGGGAGGGCAGGGGCGGGGGCUAGGGGGGAGGGCGCAAGGAGGAGAGGUUAGUGGUGAUGGUGCUGGUGGCGGCGGUGCUGCUGGUGGUGGCGGUGCUGCUGGUGGUGGCGGUGCUGCUGGUGGUGGCAUUGCUGCUGGUGGUGGCAUUGCUGCUGGUGGCGGCAGUGCUGCUGGUGAUGGCUCUGCUGGUGGUGGUGAUGGUUCUGCUGGUGCUGGAGCUGGCACUGCUGCUGCUGCUGCUGCUGGUGCAGCAACUGACGCUGCAGGGAGAAGGGGCGGCGAAGGGGAGGAGAGGGGACAAGGAGAGAGGGGAAGGGAAGCAGGAGAUGGGUCCGGAGGCCAGGAGCAAGGGCAGGGGACGGAGAGGAGAAUGGAGCAUCAAAGGGAGGAGAGGAAGGAGAAGGCGGAGCAGCAGGAGGAGGAACAGCAGCGGGAGGAGGGAGGGUGGUACCGAUAGAGUGGGCGAAGCCAGAGGAGAUGGACAGCGAGAGGGCGCAGCUGGUGUCGCUGCUGAAGGCGCGGCGCGAGGAGGAGGCGGGGCGGGGCAGCGAGGACAGCGGGGUGAAGGCGAGCGACGGCAGGGACGAGCCGCUGAGGCACAAGAGGAGG